AUGGUGAUGAUCCUUCUGGCGGCGAUUGAUUUCUCCUCCCUGGCUAUCUCCUAUAGAAGGCAGGGAGUAGAAAUCGAGCACCGCCUGAUGGAUCAUGUCGCCUUUUCAGAAGAGGAGCACAGUGUAACCUGCAUUAGAUGUCCUUACAAUGAAUGGCCCAAUGAGCAAAGGGAUCAGUGUAUUGCAAAGGCAGAAGAAUUUCUUUCAUAUACUGAUAAUGUGAUUUCCGUGUUGUUUUCAUCACUUUCAGUUUUCUUAUCCGUUAUCACUGCGCUGAUGUUGGGAGUUUUCACUGUACACAGGGACACCCCCAUAGUGAGAGCCAACAAUAGGAGCCUCAGCUUCCUCCUCCUUGUCUCCAUCAAGCUGAGCUUCCUCAGUGUGUUUCUGUUCCUCGGUCGCCCUGUGGAUAUAACCUGCAUGCUGCGUAACAUCACUUUUGGAAUCACCUUCUCCAUAGCAGUCUCUUCUCUCCUGGCCAAGACUAUCAUGGUUUACAUUGCUUUCAAAGCCACCAAGCCAGGGAGCUCAUGGAGGAAAUGGAUUGGAGUCAAACUGUCCAAUUCUGUAGUCUUGUUCUGCUCAUCCAUUCAAAUAAUAAUCUGUAUGACUUGGUUGGCCAUUUCUCCUCCCUUUCAGGAACUGGACCUUCACACUUACCCUGGAACCAUCAUCAUUCAGUGCAAUGAGGGCUCAGCUAUUGGCUUUUACUCAGUUAUUGGGUAUAUGGGGCUUCUGGCAGCUGUUAGUUUUGUUUUAGCAUUUUUAGCUCGGACAUUACCGAACAGUUUUAAUGAGGCCAAGUACAUCACUUUCAGCAUGUUGCUCUUCUGCAGUGUUUGGAUCACAAUGAUCCCGGCCUAUCUGAGCACCAAAGGCAAAAACACUGUGUGUGUGGAGAUAUUUGCCAUACUGACCUCAAGUGCCGGACUUUUAGCCUGUAUAUUUCUGCCCAAAUGUUACAUUAUUUUAUUUAGACCUGAAAUGAACACAAAAUCCAAAUUACUUGAGAACAAAAAAGAUAAUGCUUGA